AUGUCAUCCUUUUUUACUGGUAUUGGUGGAGCUGGACAUGGUAAACCUUAUAAAGGGGAUGCUGUGGCAGCUUUUAUUAAUGGUGUGGUCAUUCGUCAUCCAUUUGUUGUUCUCCGACGUCAAUGCCAAAUACAUGACCAUGCCUAUCGCAAGCACUUCUUUCCUACUACUUUGGUGCCUGUUAUUAUUAAAUUGACUGCAAAAGAUGGUUUUCUCUCGUUAUGGAAAGGAGCUGUUGGUAAUGGAGUACUCUGGGCUUUUUCAAGCGUCUCAGAAUUAGUCAUCGCUGAAUUAUUAGGCUUGCCAAAAUCCUUUGUACUCGAUGGAAGUUCUCAACGAUUUUGGCGGCAUGUCUGGCUUAAAACGUUUGUUUUUCGUUUUUUUUUUACAAAAUUAUUUUUUUCUUCAAGUUUCAAUUUUAUUUUCUGCACCCCUGUAAUUGUUACUGCCUUUCUUGAAACAGUCCGUACUGGUACUGGUUUAGCCGAAGAUCUCCAAAUUGCUGAAAUUAUUACAAAAGGAUAUGAUAGACUCAGGCAAGACGUUUUUGGUGGUUCUGCUAUGGCAGAAGGCGUUCGUAGAAGGCAUUCUUUGCUUUGGCUGGCAUUUCCCACAUCCCUUCAUCAAACAAUGCAUUUUCUUGUCUGUCAAUAUGUUUAUACUACUUCGUAUUCUUGGACACGCACUUUUGUUAGUCGUAAACUUCCUUCAGAACGUAGACGUUAUCACACAAUUAUGCCAGAACUUUUUUCUUCAAUGACCAGUGUUUUUGUUGCAGAUAUUGUUUGUUAUCCACUUGAGACUGUUCUUCACAGACUUUAUAUUCAAGGCACCCGCACAUUAAUAGACAAUUUGGAUAGCGGUGCAGAAGCUUUGGUUCCAGCUGGUCGUUAUUCGGGAAUUUUUGAUUGUUUUUCUUCAAUAAUAAGAAAAGAAGGAGUUAUGACGCUUUUUAGUGGAAUUGGUGCAAUCUUUUUGCAAUAUAUGCUUCAACAUUGUGUGGCUGGAAUAACUUAUUGGUUGCUUGAUAGAGGCAGUCGAGGAUAUACUUCUGGCCAUUUAAAAAUCAAAAUGGGUUCUUCAGAAUUUGUAGAUGUUACCAAUGUAGAGACAACUUAUGACCCUUUUGCAAAAAACAAUAUUCCUCAAAAUCCUAGCGCUCAAUUCGCUGCUACAUCACAAAAUUCACAGCCAUCAACAUCCGGUUUAUUUCCUUCAUUUGCUCAAGUCCAAAAACAAAAUAAAUUUAACGACGACCCUUUUCUUUCUGCCUUACAGCGGCGUAAAAGUUAG